GGCCACCAGUGUUGAAAUCGAGCUCGCUCUUCUCCAUCGUCCAUACUCCACUUGGUACUCCUCUAUUUUUUAUUGAAUCGCGAUGGCUAGAAAUAGGUUUUACGUUGUCCAGGUGGGCCGGUCGCCUGGUAUCUACUCUAGCUAUUGGGAUGCGCAACGCCAGACUCUGCGCUUUCCGCGAGGCUAUUUGAAGGGGUUUACCUCGCUUGCAGCAGCUGAAAAGUACUUCGGAAUGGGUACCGAGAGCUCCUGCAUGCCUGACAAGCUCCAGAUUUCGACUAGUGCGGAGGCAAGGAAUAGCCUAAAGGUGUAUGCUGACGGUGUAUGUCGUGGGAAUGGCCGAGAGGUGGCACAGGGUGGAUUUGGGGUGUACUUUGGAUUCAGUGAUCCUCGUAACCGACAGGGAGCACUGAAAGGUCCUCAGCAGACAAACCAGCGGGCAGAUCUGGCAGCGGUACUGUGUGCAAUUCAGUUGGCAGCCAAGGAGCAGAUCCCUGCGGGCAUGCAGAGACGGCCUGUGCAGAUCUAUACCAAGUCUUCGUAUGUCAUUUUCUGUCUUACUGCUGGCUACCAAAAGUGGGUUCGUAACGGAUGGCAGACAGCUUCGGGAGCACCGGUCAAGAAUCAGGAUCUAAUUGCGGAUAUCGUGACUGAGGCAAGACAGAGCGGGUUGCUGGUUAGUGUGGACCAUAUCCGCAAGAACUCGCGUAAUGUAGGGAUUGAGAGGGCCAAUGAAAUGGCAGCUUACGCGGCUAGAGGUGCUAUGGAUAACCGAGAUAUUAACGACCUCACGUACCGCAUUAGCAAUGUUGCUAUUGCCUGAUGACCAAAAGACACCAGGAUUGCAAUAACAUAGCAGUUUAAUCCCUAACAUCAAACAUAAUAAUAUAGCACUCCAGAUGGACACCUCCUGAUGAAUUGUAGCCGUCAAACAAACCAUG